AUGACGACACAAAUUAACACCUCCACCUCCGAAGCAGUUUCCAAGAAGAAACAAAGUGUGCCCGAAAGACGACUGCCCUGGACGACUGGAAAGCCCAUUUUGCGAAGGCACCUGCGAAAAACCUGUGCGAUGACCGGCACCGGCCCCAUAUCUCUAACGGCCCCCCGCAAUGUGUCCGCCUUCUCCACGCGAGUUACCUGCGGACUUGACGACUCCUUGGAUCAUCUCCAUACGAAAUUCUGGCAGACUACAAGACGGGACAAUCGUGGCAAUUACGUUGUGAUGCGCCCCUUGCGCGAUCCCGAGCAUAGUGGUUCUGAGCUCGCAUCUUCACGAUCCUUUGCUCUGGCUCAAUUCCUGUGUAACGAGCAGUGCCUAAAAAGAGAUCCUUCCCUGAAGGCCCGGUAUGACUCUGUGAUUCAAGAAUACCUCGAUUUAGGUCACAUGGCCGAGAUCCCUUUGGCGAGCAGUUCCGCCACGUACUACCUUCCACAACACGACAGCACAACCACUAAAGUGCGGGUGGCUUUCAACUCCUCUAGCCCUUCCGCAAACGGGACCAGUCUGAAUGACAUACUUUACGCGGGCCCGGUCUUACAAUCCGACCAAUCCACUAUUCAAAUCCUAAAGUGGCGAUACUUUAGGUUCGUUUUCAACGCCGACAUCGAGAAGAUGUAUCUGCAAAUUUGGGUAGACCCCAAGCAUACUCCCCUGCACCGUAUUCUAUUCCGAUGGGGAAAUCCGCGACUACGAGUUGAAGACAGUCACUUUCGACGACGUACUCGCGGAGGCAGACUCUAA